AUGGCCUCCACCUAUCCAGGACAUCACGCUGGCGGCCUUCAGCAACCCGGCAUGGCUCAUGCCCACCCUAUGGGCCCCGGACCGGGCCCCAAUCCCGGACAGCCCAUGGGACAACCGAUGCAGAUGCAUCCUGGCGUGUCUGGCCCGAACGGUCCGCACGUCACUCAGGCUGGCCCGAUGAUGGGCAUGCAGCCGGGUGUUGGAGGCCCGGGAGUGGGACCCAACGCGCAUGCGCUAUCACACCUCACUCCGCAAGCCCACAUGUUUCACCAGCAACAACAGCAGAUGCAAGCUUUCGCAAACAACCCAGCGCUCGCAAUGCAGCGGCAGGCCAUGUUGCGCCAACAAGCUCAGCAGCAACAUAUGAUGCAGCAACAGCAGAACGGAAUGGCCAUGGGCUUUCCCAAUGGCGGGAACCAGGCGAUAACGCCGCAACAGAUGGCAGCAAUGCAAGCCGGCAACCCUCAAUUUCAGGUUAACCUGCCGCCGCAUAUGCGUCAGCAGCUGGCCCAGCAACAGCAAGCCAUGCAAGCACAACACAAUCAAGCGCAGCAACACGCGCAACAACAGCAGGCCAUGGCUCAACAUAUGGCUAUGCAGCACGCUGCAUCGCAGCAGAGCAAUUCGGGACAAGGUGGUCCCCCGAGUCAGCAAGGUUCCCAAGGCCCACCGGGCCAAAUGAGACCGCAACCGCCCAUGCAGCCAGGGCACGAAGCGCAAGCUUCGCCCGCGCAGCCACCGAGCCAACAUCACACUCCGCAGCAGACGCAAUCUCAACCGCACCCUCCACCCCAGCCUGCACCGACCCCCCAGCAGCAAAACCCCCAGCCACCGGGGCCACCCCAGCAGCCGCCGCCGCAACAACAGCCGCAGAACCCACAGCAGUUGCAACAGCAGCGGCAACAACAGCAGGCCAUGGCGCAACGGCAAACAAUGAUGCAGCAGCAGGCUCAAGCUCAGGCGCAAGCUCAAGCCCAAGCCGCAGCACAGGCGCAGGCGCAGGCGCAGGCGCAGGCUCAGAACAGGAUGUACGGGACGACUAUACUCAAAUUAUUACAGCUCGCAGACCAUUUGAGUCGUUACUCGGCGGUUCGGCAGGCAAACGCGUUAGAAGGUUGGAAAGCUUUCGUCUCGCGCUUUUUCUCCGAAGACGGUGUCUUCAAACAAUCAUUGCUGGACUACGCGCCCACCAUGGCUCCUAGCCCCAGGCCACCCCAACCAAAGAACUUUGAGAUAUGUUAUCCGUCGAUAGCUCGAUACUUCUACACGCAGUUUCAGUGUGGCGUCGAGAACAUACAGAUGACGAUAGAUGGAGCCCAGGAGAAGGAGUUCGGGACCAACUGUCACUACGUGGAAAGCAAUCGGGCCAAGUUCAUCUACUGGUACAGGAACGGGUGCCAGGUUGUGAGCACCGGCAAGCUCAGCGCGACGUUUGACCAAGAGGACAAGAUCACAUUGCUCGUCUUCGAGACGCAAGACCACUCGCAGUACCUGCCACGCGCGGCCAUUGACAGUCUCUUCGCCCACAAGUCGCCAAUGCAGAAUCAGUCACCUAAGAUGAGCAAGAAGAACGCGCCCAACCAGAGGAACCGGCAGGCGCCCGAGGCCAGCUUGGUCAAGGACGAUUUACCCGAAGCACCUGUGUCGACCUGGGGCGUUCCGGACCCCGUCCUCCAGUUCCUAGAAGUAGGUGCCAUAGACUCCGCUACGCCGAGCAUAAUUUCACCUAACCCAAGACUGCAGGUCAGCGAGACUCUGUAUAAUAUGCAGGAACUCUUCGCUCACUACCACACGAAUCCUGGCAACACGCCGUCACAAGCCAUGAACAGUUUGGUCGCGUCGCUGAAACCUCAACAGAUGCAGCCCGGCCUGCCACCGAGCCAUCUCCAGCAACACCCGAAUCCAAACCCGCAGAUAAACGUUCCGCCAAACGCCCAGGGAAACCCUGGCAACCUUCCACCAGGAGCGCGCACGCCUUCCGGAACCAUGAUCCCGGGAAACCCCAACAUGCAGCCUCAGCACCCUAACCAGCAAUUCAUGUCUCCCCACAUUGCGAAUCUGCAGUUUCCUGGAAACCUCAACCCGGCCGUAAACGGUUCGCCUCAUCUGGCCGGUCAGACGCAUACCCCUUCUCCCGCGAUGGCGCACAUGGCAGCGCCGGGGCUUGUGGCGCAGCACAGCCAGCAAGGGCACAACAGCGCAGGACAGAGCGCAAACACCAGCCCUAGCGUUAGCAACAAGAGACGGCGGGCCUCGGUCAAGCAGGAAACCGAUGACGGCGGCGGAGACAUGAACGGGGGCGCCGCCAAGGUCAAACCGAGCCCGAGAAUGGCCAACAACAGCAAGAGGGUCAAGGGCAACCCGAGUUGA